GGAAAAUUGAACGGUGAGAGCGCAGACUUCCUAAAAUUGUGCGGUACAAACGUUAGGUGUAGAUUUUUUCUACAGAACUAUUAAGUUUUUAAAGAAUGGUCUUAGCAGAACUAGGAAGAAAGAUAACUUCAGCGCUUCGAUCUUUGGGCAAUGCUACCAUCAUCAAUGAAGAUGUGUUAAAUAGUUUACUGAAGGAAAUAUGUACUGCACUGAUUGAAGCUGAUGUAAAUAUUAGACUGGUUAAACAAUUGCGUGAGAAUGUUCGUGCUGUAAUCGACUUCGAUGAAAUGGCAGCUGGAUUGAAUAAACGUAAAAUAAUCCAGUCUGCUGUAUUCAAAGAGCUAGUUCACUUAGUCGAUCCACAGGUUAAACCUUGGCAACCUACAAGAAGUUCUUCAAAUGUAAUUAUGUUAGUUGGUCUACAAGGUAGUGGUAAAACAACCACAGCAACUAAAUUGGCCUAUUUUUAUCAAAGGAAAGGAUGGAAGACAUGUAUGAUAUGCGCGGAUACGUUUCGUGCUGGUGCUUUUGAUCAAUUGAAACAGAAUGCCACAAAAGCUCGUAUUCCAUUCUAUGGUUCGUAUACGGAAACUGAUCCAGUUGUUAUUGCUCGAGAUGGUGUACAAAAAUUUGCGGAAGAGAAAUUUGAAAUUAUCAUCGUAGAUACUAGUGGUCGGCACAGACAAGAAGAUUCAUUGUUUGAGGAAAUGCUUCAGGUUUCAAAUGCAAUCGAACCUGAUCAUGUAAUCUACGUUUUAGAUGCAUCUAUUGGUCAGGCUUGUGAAGCACAAGCCAGUGCAUUCAAAGCCAAAGUAGAUGUAUCAUCGGUUAUUGUAACGAAACUGGAUGGUCAUGCAAAAGGUGGUGGCGCAUUGAGCGCAGUUGCUGCUACACACAGUCCAAUUACAUUUAUUGGAACCGGUGAACAUAUAGAAGAUUUUGAGCCAUUCAGAGUUCAACCAUUUGUACAAAAAUUAUUAGGUUUAGGUGAUUUAGAAGGUUUAGUGGAACGUGUUACAGAGCUAAAAUUAGAUGAAAAUGAAGAACUAGUUAAAAAGCUUAAACAAGGUGUAUUCACUUUACGUAAUAUGUAUGAACAAUUUCAAAAUAUCCUGAAAAUUGGUUCAUUCUCUCAAGUUCUCUCAGCUAUUCCUGGUCUCGGACAAGAUUUACUAGCUAAUGAUCAGGAAAGUCAUCGACGUUUGAAACGCCUUAUGACAAUCAUGGAUAGUAUGAAUGACUAUGAAUUAGAUUCUGAUGAAGGCGGCCGAUUGUUUAACAGACAACCUGGACGAACACUUCGUGUUGCUCGUGGUGCAGGUGUCAGUCAAGCGGAAGUGAAACUUCUUCUAACUCAACAUAAUAAAUUCUAUAUGGUUGUCAAAAAGAUGGGUGGUAUUAAAGGUCUAUUUCAAACUGGAGCUAAAGGGGGAGCAAUGGGUGGAGUUGGAGGUCCCGGUAGUGGAGGCAGUGGUAACACUCCAAGUUUAGCUGAUAUGGCUGCAGCUUCAAGAUCUGUAAGUGCUGGUCAAAUGGCGAAGUUGAAUCAAUCAAUGGCUAAAGUUCUUGAUCCACGCAUUCUUCAACAAAUGGGUGGUAUGGCAGGUUUACAAAAUAUGAUGCGUCAGUUACAAUCAGGUGGUGGUUUGGGACCAUUUGGCGGCGGUGGUGGUGGUCGUUUAGGUUAGAUGACACAUACACACAAUGUAGAUGUACUCUCUUUAAACAUUACCAAAUAAUUGUCUUUCUUCAAAACGCCUAUACACAAGCUGCGUUACCACUACAUAUGCAUAUUUUUUUUGUCGUUAAACGGCAAUCAUUGUACUAAAAUCACAAUUUGUACAUACACAUAUACUUGUAUGUCUGUAAGUGAUUUAACAAAAUGUAUUUUUGGUCUCUGGGAAUUAUUCUUACUUUAAAAUGCUAAUUGACUUACUCUACCUCGACGGUUUGUAGGUGCGAUGAUGAUGAUGAUUUGUAAAGAAAUGUGCAAGUUUAAAAAAUCUUGUAUUUUGUUUGCUUUUUCAGUGUGUAAAACAAUUUUAUGAAUAGUCUGUUCUGUUUGCUUCCAAUACAGUACGUACAUUGACUAAAUUGAAAACAGACUAAUAUGAUAAUAAAUGGUAUAUCGUUUA